AAAAGGGUACAGGCUUUUCCACCCAACUCGCUCUCGCCUGGGCGGAAGUCAAAGGAAAGCAACAGGAAGCCGCCGGCUUUUUGCAGCACGGAAAAGCUACCGGGCUAGGAAGCGCGGAGCACUGCUUUUUCCACCCUCCCGGCGUGAGGGCGCGCGAGCCGCUCGCGGAGCCUCUUGGUGCGCGUGCGCAGGACGGUGGCGGAAGCCGGCGGUGCAGGGCUGAAUAGCGCGCUCGGGGGUCCGCGGGGCCUCCCGUCGAGGUAGUUUAAACCCACAAAGCUUGAUGGAAUCUUCUGAGAGGUAUCUCAAGGCUUUGGACACUCUUCUGCUGUUAUCCAACAUCUACAUCAAACCAUUAAGUGAAAUUAUCAAAGGCUAAUUUUCCCCUUUCAGUGUGGGGCAAACUGUCAUCAGAUUAUGUACAAUGGGACUACGAAUUCAUUUUGUUGUUGACCCUCAGGGCUGGUUCUGUAUGGGCCUGCUAAUCUUGGUCUGGCUUUACAAUACUCUCUUCAUUCCAAAAGUUAUCCUCUUUCCACACUAUGAAGAAGGACAUAUAUCUGCAGCUGGUAUACUAUGUUACUAUCUAUUUUCAUUGUUCUGUAUUGCCUCAUUGUUAAGAGCUUCAAUAGCUGAUCCAGGGAGAUUGCCUGAAAGCCCAAAGAUACCGAUUACAGAAAAAGACUUUUGGGAAUUAUGUAACAAAUGCAAUAUGAUGAGACCAAAGCGUUCCCACCACUGCAGCCGAUGUGGGCACUGUGUUAGGAGAAUGGAUCAUCACUGUCCGUGGAUUAAUAACUGUGUUGGUGAAGAUAAUCAUUGGCUGUUUUUGCAGUUAUGCUUCUACACAGAACUUCUGAGUUCUUACACACUGCUACUUGCUUUCUGCCACUAUUACUACUUUGAACCUCUGAAAAAAGUUAAUGGGGAUGUCUUUGUGUUUAGACAUGAGCUUGCCCUAACAAGAAUAUCAACAUUCAUGGGUUUAAUUAUAUUUCUUGGAAUGACUGGACUCUUUUUUACUCAGCUAAUUGGUUUAUUUAAUGAUAUUACAAGUAUAGAAAAACUGGCCAACUGUUGUGAAGAAAUAUCAAGACCUCAGAAGCCAUGGCAGCAGACCUUCUCAGAAGUUUUUGGCACUCGCUGGAAGAUCCUGUGGUUUAUUCCUUUCAGGCAAAGGCGACCACUGCGAGUUCCCUACCACUUUGCCAAUCACGUCUAAACAGAUGGAUAGUAGGCACAGAUGGGUCCUCCAUGCUGGAAGUGUGUUACAGGUUUUGUGAUAAUAGAACUGUGGCACUCCUCAAGUCAAUUAAAAUCUACCCACCCAUCUUAGACGUCACAAUGUGCCCCAGGGUUUAUUUUAAUAAUGAAGAUCUCCAUUCUGCUUAGGGAUUAAUGCACAUUUCUCUAUUUACAUUCAAAGUGUACUUACGUUCAAAUUAGCAUUGGAGAGAAAUUACUUCAGUAUCUGAGGUUCAUAAUAAAAACGACUGAUGUACAAAUAUUACUUUCUUUGUUUUGAUACUGGAUAAUAUGAUUGAUUUUGAUAGAAAUUCUGUGAUUUACACAGAUCAACAAGUUUGGAUGUAUCUUGACAGGCUUGAAUUUGUUAUUUUUUAUCAAUAAUACCUGCUGGAUUAUGUAGAUAUGUCUGUUUUCCUAUUCAUCGGUUUUAAAGCCUCCAAUGCCUUCUUUUAUUUAUGAUUCAUGGUAUUAAAGUGCAGCUUAUCUCUAGAGAAGACUGGCAUUUUAACAGUGGGUUUUUAAGAGGAAGAAUAAUUUUUGCUUUUAUGUCCUCAGGUUUAUAAUAUAUGUUAUUGUGUAAAAACAAAACAAAACAAAUCCAUUGCUGUUUUGAAAGAAAAAAAUGUUAUAAAACGUAUAAUUCUCUCUUCUUUGUACAUGCAAUAAUUAGCCUUAAGUGCUAGAUGUGUCUUAGAAAUAUAUACUGGGUUAAGAAAAAAAAAGCUUAUGCCAUGAUCCAGCCAAAGUUAAGCACCUUUUAAAUCCUACUUAUAUUAGUGAUACAUUUAGUAUUUUUUUCAUUCACUUCCAGAAGAACAGGCAAGCUGUUGUGUUGCAAUUUGAAUACUAGCAGAUCUGUUUUUCUGGGUUUAAGCUCCAGUCCUACACACUUACCUAGAAGUGAUUUAUUUUGAAUAGAUAUGCAUAGGAUUCUACUAAGUGCCUAAUUUUGGUGGGAUUGUGCCUAUAAAAUUUAUCAACAUUUACUAUACCAUAUCUAAUAAAAAACAUAUACAGUA